CACAAUAUUAGCACUCACCCAGCUACUCAACGCCUUGGUGGCCAUGUGUAAAAGCACUGCCUUCAUCCUCACACUCGUCUGCCUCCAACACAACGCAGCUUCGAAAGCCCUCAAUACGGGGAAAACAUUCGUUUACCCAAGAGUACUUGAAGAAAGAUCUCAGCAAGGAUUUUAUACACUACGUGUCAACGAACAGAUCACGUUAAAUUUAAAAAAGGCAACUCCUUUUGCAAAAAGAUUGAAAAUUCUUUAUGAAGAUGGAGAUAAUAAAUAUCCUAAAGAGCUAACACUAAGAUCUAUGAGGGGCGAAGUCUACAAAGGUGAAGAGGACCAUACAGCUGUGAUGAUUUCAUUCAAUAAUGGCUGGCGAGUUAAAGGAAUCAUAACGAACAAAUUCAUCAUUAAUCAUGUUGAAGAUGCAGAGCCAAAAAUGGGACUUUUACCCCACCUUCUGACUCCCAUUACAAGUCAAGAAAAUAAAUCGGACGUCAUGAAGGCCGUUGGAGUUUUAAAUCAAGACACGCACAGGAAUGCUGGAGGUCUUUUUCAAGAAAGGCAGAACGCUGAAAACGAAGGAAAUGAACAGCAAUCAGGCCCUACAUCCGCCACCGUGAGGUUGGGCGUCAUUCUCAGUCAACAGUAUGUUGCUGCGUUCAAGGAAUCCAAUUACAGCGAAAUAAGUGAAAUCACCGACUAUUUGGCUGUGUUCUUCUGUUUCGUGAACAUUUUCUUGGAAAAAUUUGACAAGAGCUUAUUGGACUUGCAAAUUCGUGUCUAUCGAAUAUAUUUGGUCACGGAAACAACGCGCUCGUUUAUUCAGUACGCAGGCACAGAACGGCAGGUGAUUGCUGGAGCCAGUUUGGAAUCGCUUAACGCAUUCGUCAGAUCAAAAAUGGUGACAUUUCAAAACACCGACGUGGUGGUCUAUAUGAGCGAAUGCCCGAUAUCAACACGUAAUGCGAAUGGCAUAACUAGAGUAUAUGCAUCAGGCAAGUGAAGACACAUGCACAUAUUGGAGGGAAAGAAAAAUAAAU